AGUCUGAGAAAUUGCCUUAUGAGGUUUUCUCAUAAUUUCGUUCGUUUAAUUCGAAUAUGAACUCUGACGACAAAUACUCGGAUGAAGAUCACGGCGAUUCGCAGCGUUCAGUAAACAGUCCAUCCCAUUUGAUGACGUGCGUGGAGAGCGAUGAGGACACAUGCACCGAAAUCGAUUCGCCCGAGCGUCCCAGGCGCAACGCUGAGAUCGAUGAGUUCGUUUACACGGUGCUAACAUCCGAUGAGAUUGAGCAACUUCAGCGCAACAUUAUCGACGAAGUCAACAGCGUGCUGCAGAUAUCACCGCAAGUCACACGCAUCAUACUUAAUCACUACCGCUGGGACAAGGAGACGCUCUUCGAAAAGUACUUCGAGAUCAGUCCCCAGGAGUUCUUUCGUCGCGCCCAUGUCGUGAAUCCCUUUGCCACGCCCUCAACCCUUAGCCUCAAGGCUGCGCCCAGUCCGAGUGGCGCCCACGAACAGAUCUGCGGCAUCUGCUACUGCAACUGCGAUGAGCUCAAGGGGCUGCCCUGUGGACACACCUUCUGCGGCGCCUGCUGGAAACAGUAUUUGGCCAACAAGACGGUGAGCGAGGGAUUGGGCCACAGCAUCAGUUGUCCGGCCGUCGAGUGUGACAUUCUCGUCGACGAGGUGUCGUUCGUUAAGCUCGCCGAUGAUCCAGAGGUUGUUGCACGCUAUCAGCAGCUGCUCACCAACACUUUCGUUGAAUGCAACUCACUGAUGCGCUGGUGUCCGGCGCCAAGUUGCACGCACGCCAUCAAGGCCGUCUACUGUGAGCCGCGAGCUGUGCGCUGUAGAUGUGGCCACGAGUUCUGCUUUGGCUGUGGCGAGAAUUGGCACGAACCUGUCAGCUGCACCUGGCUGAAGCAAUGGCUCAAGAUGAACGACGAGGACUCGGAGACAUCCAACUGGAUUGCCCAUCAUACCAAGGAGUGCCCCAAGUGCAAUGUGACCAUCGAGAAGGACGGCGGCUGCAAUCACAUGGUCUGCAAGAAUCCCUCGUGUCGCUACGACUUCUGCUGGGUGUGUCUCGGCUCCUGGGAGCCACAUGGCUCCUCCUGGUACAGCUGCAAUCGCUUCGAGGAGGAGGAGGGCAAACAGGCGCGACAGGCUCAGGAUCUGUAUCGGUCCUCGAUGGCCCGCUAUCUGCACUAUUACAAUCGGUACACGAACCACAUGCUGAGCAUGGGCAUGGAGAAGGAUCUGUACUCCAUGGUGGAGGCCAAGAUGGCUGAGAUGCAGGAGAACAUGAACUGGAUUGAGGUGCAAUUCCUCAAGGAGGCGGUCGAUGUGCUCUGCGAAUGCCGUGCCACGCUCAUGUACAGCUAUGUGUUUGCAUUCUAUCUGCACAAGAACAAUCAGAAGAUCAUCUUCGAGGACAAUCAGCGUGACAUGGAGGUGGCCACCGAGAAGAUCUCCGAGUUCCUGGAGCGCGAGAUAACCGUCCACAAUCUGUACGAGGUAAAGCAAAAGGUUCUCGAUCUGUCGCAUUAUUGCCGCAAGCGUCGCAUGGUUUUGCUCGUUCAUGUGCGCGAAGGUUACGAGAAGGAUUGGUGGGAAUUUAUUGAAUAAUAUUUAACACAGCUCUAAUCUCGAUUUAAUCGAUACCAACGACACCUCAAAGCCACAUCGUAAUUUAUCAGAAGACUUUAUAUUUCUAUUGCAGUUCGGUUAAAGUUAUUAAAAAACGCACAAGCUUUUCGACUUUGGCUUCUUGGGCUAAUUGGCCAAGAGACAUCUAAAUUCUACAGUUA